GGCUCAGCUGUGGUUAGGUCACGGUUGGGGUCAGGCAUUAGCUCCUAUUGGUUAGAGUGAGACAGCAGGUAAAGUGUUACAUCAGCUCAAUGUCCUCAAGGAGAUGUGAAAAUGAGUGUGUGUGUGUGUUCAGGUGUGUCUCUGAGCUGCUAUGUGUGCUCUAAUGAUGUCACUCUGCAGCCAAAGUCUCCGCCCACCUGGAGACUGCUGUGGGUGUCUGUGUGGGUGGAGCUUACCCCCCCUCCCCCUCCUGGGGGAGUAUUUUUGAGGAGGCGGGUCGGCAGCAGCUCACAGCUCCGGCAGCAUCAGCAGCAGCAUCCUCCUCUUCGUCCUCCUGAGCGGCGGCAGAGCGACAGGCUGGAGUCCUGGUACUCGUACACUCACUGGUUCCCGAUGGCGUCGGGCCACGUGAUGAAGGACGAUGGCGAGCCCAUCCCCAGGAUGCAGCCGGCCAUGAUGAUGUUCUCCAGCAAGUACUGGUCGCGGCGCGGGCUGUCGCUGGACUCGGCCAUGUUUGACCAGCAGCAUCAGCGGCAGCGGCACACCGGCGGACAGAUGUCGAGGCGUCCGUCCUUCUGUCCCAUCAACGAGAAGCCGGACAAAGAGGGCACAGAGGAUUCUGGGAAAACGGCAGUGGUGUUUUCUCUGAAGAACGAGGUUGGCUGUCUGGUCAAAGCUCUCAGACUGUUUCAGGAGAAGCACGUGAACCUGAACCACAUCGAGUCUCGGAUGUCCAAGCGAGUUCCUAACGAGGUGGAGAUCUUUGCAGACUGCAGCUGCAGCAAGAAAGAGUUCAACGAGCUGCUGGAGCAUCUCAAAGACCACGUCAACAUCGUGUCCUUCAAUACGCCAGCACAUGUGUGGUGUGCCGAAGCAGAUGAAGACGAGGUUCCCUGGUUUCCCAUGAAGAUCUCCGAGUUGGAUCAGUGCUCUCACAGAGUGCUGAUGUACGGGUCCGAGCUGGACGCCGACCAUCCCGGGUUUAAAGAUAAUGUUUAUCGCCAGCGCAGGAAGUACUUUGUGGAAGUGGCCAUGAAUUAUAAGUUCGGGCAGCCCAUCCCUCGUAUCGAGUACACGGAGGAGGAGGUGAGGACGUGGGGCGUGGUGUUCAGAGAGCUGACCAAACUGUACCCGACUCACGCCUGCAAAGAGUACCUGAAGAACCUGCCGCUGCUCACUAAGCUCUGUGGCUAUAGAGAGGACAACAUCCCGCAGCUGGAGGACGUCUCACUCUUCCUCAGAGAGCGCUCUGGCUUCACUGUUCGCCCGGUGGCAGGUUAUCUGUCUCCCAGAGACUUCCUGGCUGGUUUGGCCUACAGAGUCUUCAACUGCACUCAGUACAUCCGGCACAGCACCGACCCGCUCUACACCCCCGAGCCAGAUACGUGUCACGAGCUGCUGGGUCACGUCCCCCUACUGGCUGAUCCAAAGUUCGCCCAGUUCUCUCAGGAGAUCGGUCUGGCCUCCCUGGGAGCGUCUGACGAGGACGUUCAGAAACUCGCCACAUGUUAUUUCUUCACCAUCGAGUUCGGACUGUGCAAACAGGACGGUCAGCUGAGAGCUUAUGGAGCCGGUUUACUGUCGUCUAUUGGAGAGUUGAGGCAUGCCCUGUCUGAAAAGGCAUGUGUGAAGAUGUUUGACCCGAAGACGACCUGUAACCAGGAGUGUCUCAUCACCACCUUCCAAGAGGUUUACUUCGUGUCGGAGAGCUUUGAGGAGGCCAAGGAGAAGAUGAGAGAGUUUGCAAAGACGAUAAAGCGCCCGUUCUCGGUGUACUACAACCCGUACACUCAGAGCGUCGACCUGCUCAAAGACACCCGCAGCAUCGAGGACGUGGUGCAGGACCUGCGCAGCGACCUCACCACUGUGUGCGACGCCAUGGGGAAGAUGAACACCUACAUGGGCAUCUGAAGCUGGGGACGCACCACCAAGCUUCUGCAGAACAUCAGCCGCCAUCACGCGUCCAUCUACGCCUCUGAGUCCAAUGUAGCAACCACAGGAAGUUAUUAGCUAUCAUACCAGCUCAUAGUCUGUAUCACAGCGCCACGAAUCCAUCAAUGACGACUUACUGAUCAGCUCAAAGGUCACCGAGACCCUGCCCAAGCAUCUGCAGGUGUUUCCUCAUGAAGGCAGAUCCAGGACGAGGAACGCUCCCUGUGAGGCUCCCCACGCCGAUCCAAAGCUGCGUUCACACGAACCAAAGUUUCACCUCGCUGUGUGCAGCAUUCACGUCCCCGCGUCGCUCUGUUUGACUGCCUGCAAAGAGUCAAAGGCCUGUUUUUGACACUUUCAAGCCGUUUACGUUCGUCUGAAUCCCGUCUCUUUCGCUGCAUUUCGGGCUGAACUGCUGCAAAGCAUGGCGGCGGUUAGCUUAGUACGAUCAGCUCAUCAGAGCAAGAUGUCAUGAGUAAGAAGGAUGUCCAAUAAGACCCUCACACAUUGACUCACCUCUUUCAAAACCCCCUUCAGCCAACCGCCAUCCAUCGUACAAAUGAACUUUUGGUAAAUUUUCACCUCGACGACCUGUUUCUCCUUUACUUUGGCGCCAAACUGCACAGGCAACCACGGCACUCUCUCAGCUGUGUGAUGGAUCCACAGUUCGGCUCAAAGUGAACAAGAAGCGAAAUCGUGCGACUCCCGCCUCAUUCGCGCUGCGAUUCCUCUGGCGUCCGUCUGAGCUCUCGCCAUACUUCCUGUCAGCAGGAUCGGGUGAAUGCAUUGUUUAUUGCAUCAAAGCGCAUUCGCCUCUCUUCGUGUUGUCUCGUUUUCGAUGUCACGGCAUGAAAGCUUCCCUUCGUGUUUGGUGUGAACGCUCCGUCUGAAGGUCCUCCCCUCUGAUGAGCUUUGAGGUCACGUGACUAUAGAGCAUCAGUGAGCCAUGUGAUCUGACUGAGGGUUUGUGUGAUUUGUAGACUGAACAGGCGGCGCUCUCAGCUGAUUGGCCGCGGCUGACUGAACUUCCUGUGCUGCUGUGUUGCUUCUGUACACGCCUGUAAAUGAUGAACCAUUAAAGCUCCCGAGUGUCGCAGU